UGGGGGGCGGGAAGGGGCGCGCGCCCGAAGGAGGGCAAACGCGACCCAGGCCCGGCGCGAGGGUUGCCUUUGGGAAGCGCGGGACUUAAGGAGGGGCCGCUUUCUGCCCCCCUCCUCACGCUUCACCCCAAAGAAAGACUCUAGUCCUCUCCAGACCCAAACACCAUUCUCCUCGACAAUCACUGUCCCUCUUUCAGAGACAGAGCGACCACCAACGGUGGUUUCAGCAAUGGCCCCAUCCAGAUUCCUGGCCCAGCAGUGCAGCUGAGCUGGGCUGGAACCGCCCCCCUGGAGCUCCCUCAGCCUGCAACCUAGGAGCCCCUGGCAACCACCAUCUACUUCCUGUUUCUAUGAGUUUGACCCAUUCCAUUAAAAAAAUUUAAUUAGUGGUCAACAUUACAAACUGGAAUAAUUCUAUGAUUUAAGAAAACAUUUCUAGCUUUCCUUGCAAAAACUGAAAACAUCUGGCUGACCAUCAGGAAAGAAAUGGCCAGAUGGCAGAGGAUUUGAGGAGUCUCCCCUUUCAUCCCCGCUCCCCAGGAUACCCGGGAAGCCCAGCUAAGGGCCUGACUUCAGCCCCAUGCGGCUCACCCGCUGCCAGGCUGCUCUGGCAGCCGCCAUCACCCUCAACCUCUUGGUUCUGUUCUAUGUCUCGUGGCUGCAGCACCAGCCCAGGUACUCCCCGGCCAGGGGCUCCCGCCGUGGGUCUGCCUCCGGCCCCCGGGUCACCAUCUUGGUGCGGGAGUUCGAGGCCUUUGACAACGCGGUGCCAGAGCUGGUGGACUCCUUCCUGCAGCAGGACCCAGCCCAGCCGGUGGUGGUGGCAGCCGACACGCUCCCCUACCCGCCUCUCGCCCUGCCCCGCAUCCCCAGCGUUCGCCUGGCGCUGCUGCAGCCCGCCCUGGACCGGCCCGCUGCAGCCUCGCGCCCCGAGACCUACGUGGCCACCGAGUACGUGGCCCUGGUGCCCGACGGGGCGAGGGCCGAGGCACCGGGCCAGCUGAAGCGCAUGGCCGAGGUGCUGCGAGCGGGAGGCGCACGCCUGGUGGCCGCUCCCGUUGCUUCGGCCAACCCUGCCCAGUGCCUGGCCCUGAACGUCAGCCUGCGGGAGUGGACGGCGCGCUACGGCCCGGCACCCUCCGCACCCCGCUGUGACGCCCUGGACGGGGACGCCGUGGUUCUCCUGCGCGCCCGCGACCUCUUCAACCUCUCGGCGCCCCUGGCCCGGCCCGUGGGCACCGGCCUCUUCCUGCAGACCGCCCUCCGCGGCUGGACGGUGCAGCUGCUGGACCUGCCCUUCGCCAGGGCGCGCCAGCCCCCGCUGACCACGGCCCACGCGCGCUGGAAGGCGGAGCGCGAGGGGCGGGCGCGGCGGGCGGCGCUGCUGCGGGCGCUGGGCAUCCGCCUGGUGAGCUGGGAGGGCGGGCGGCUCGAGUGGUUCGGAUGCAACAAGGAGACCCCGCGCUGCUUCGGGACAGUGGUGGGCGACACGCCGGCCUACCUGUACGAGGAGCGCUGGACACCCCCGUGCUGCCUGCGUGCACUGCGCGAGACGGCCCGCUACGUGGUGGGCGUGCUGGAGGCGGCCGGCGUGCGCUACUGGCUGGAGGGCGGCUCGCUGCUGGGGGCGGCCCGCCACGGGGACAUUAUCCCGUGGGACUACGACGUGGACCUGGGCAUCUACCUGGAGGACGUGGGCAACUGCGAGCAGCUGCGGGGUGCCGAGGCGGGCUCGGUGGUGGAUGAGCGCGGCUUCGUGUGGGAGAAGGCUGUGGAGGGCGACUUCUUCCGCGUGCAGUACAGCGAGAGCAACCACCUGCAUGUGGACCUGUGGCCCUUCUACCCUCGAAACGGGGUCAUGACCAAGGACACGUGGCUGGACCACCGGCAGGAUGUCGAGUUCCCCGAACACUUCCUGCAGCCUCUCGUGCCCCUGCCCUUCGCCGGCUUCGUGGCGCAGGCACCUAACAACUACCGCCGCUUCCUGGAGCUCAAGUUCGGCCCCGGGGUCAUCGAGAACCCCGAAUACCCCAACCCCGCACUCCUGAGUUUGGCAGGAAGCAGCUGAAGCUACAGCACCUGAUCUUGGAGUCAGGAGCACGUUCAGGCACAGGGCAUUGUCCUUUGUCUUGGUGCUGCUGGCGUUUGGCGGGCGGGCCAGGGAUGCCAAGCCACCCUGCUGGGCCCAGCACAGCCUGGGACAUCAAAGGUGUGCCCUGCCCCAAAUUCCCAGAAGCGGGGCUCCAGGGCUGGGGCAGAGUUUUGGAAAGAGAGGGAGAAAGAGUGUAGGUUCUGGGGCCAGACUGCUGUGUCCCAAUUUCUCUGCGCCUCGGUUUCCUCCGGGAUGCAGUGUGUGCCCUCAGGGUCUAGCACACAAAGAGCCCCAGGACACUUGGCCGUUGGGGUUGCUUCCGCCACUAGAGGGCGCCCUUGUCCUACCUUGGGGCCAAGGCGAAUGUAAGCCCGGGACCUCUGUUCCACGGCUUUCACGUCUCUUGAGCCUUUGGUCUUCCCUCUAGCCUCCUGUGCCUGGCGGGACAGGAUGACUAAAUCCCCUUCUUUCAGAAAACGACCGCCUUCCCUCCUGGGAGAGCGCUGUGAGGUGCAUGCUGCUCUUAACCCCAUCUUGCAGAGAAGCAAACAGGCUCUGAGGUGCGGCUGUGGUUCAGAACCGGGUUCUGGAUCCCGGCCCCCUCCAUUUAACUGUUACCUCAUUAUUUUAGCUCUCUGCACCUAUUAGCCACUCGCAAGGCGGGGUAAACAAUAGUCAUAGCUCACAUUUUCUGAGCACUUACUGUGUAUCAGGCAUCGUUCUCAGUAUUUCACUGACUUAGGGAUAACUGACUUAUCCCUCACCUUGACCCUCUGAGGUGAGAGCUGCUGUUAUUUUGAUUUCACAGAUGAGGAAACAGGCCAGAAUGGUAAAGCCACUUGUCCAAAGUCAGACAGCUUGGGAAGUGUCAGAGAGGGGACUUGAACCCAGGCUGUCCGUCUGUAGCCUGCAUUGCCGUUGCCUGCUAUGCCCCUCUCUGGUGAUAGUACCCGAGAGGGGCUUUGGGAAGCCACACGGCUUAGCAGGUAAAGCGACAGCAGCCUUCCUCUCGUGAUCGUGCACCUAAGAGGAAAUACUGUUUGGGCAUGUACCUCCAAUAGGUAUAUUUAUUUAUAAAUUAUAUUCAGGUACUACUAGCAUUCUGUAUAUUAGUAAUAAGGCUUAAAUUAUUCCAUUUUAAAAUUAAAAAUAAAUAGAGAGGGUUUUGAUUACCAGCCUCAUCCCAGUGACUUGUCCUGCACACCCCUUGGGUGUAUGCACCUGGCUUUGAGACCA